UUUGUGGUUGCAAUAAUGGGAUUCAAGCUUGGUUUUGGUGGCCUUCUGGUGCUUUUUGCCUUCAGUUUGAGUGAGGCCCAGCCUGCAUCAUGGCAAAAGCCAACAUGGCAGCAAACCCAUCAAGAGCCAGAACAAACUCAAGAGCCUGAAUACGGGAAACCUGUCCAACAGGAGAUUCCUACGUUUCAGAGGCCAGUACAGAAACCUGCACAAGAACCAGUGGAUUUUCAGUCCAAGCAAGUGCUGCAGGGUCCCGUUAAGGAGUUGGCUUGGAGCUUUCCAGAAGCUCCAGAGGAACCAGAGGAGCCAAUGGGGCCAUUUGAUUUGAAAACACCUCUUCCUGCUAACACCGUUGCGGUUCAGUGUGGUGAGAACAUGGUGCAGGUGGAGGUGAAGAAGGACUUCUUUGGCAUCAACCAACACAUCCAGCCAUCAGCUCUCACCCUGGGAGGUUGCGCUGCUGCUGGGGAGGAUGCAGGAGCUGAGGUCCUGAUCUUUGAAUCUGAACUACAGGCUUGUGGCAGUGUACUAACGAUGACUGAGGAUGGGCUCAUCUAUAGCUUCACCCUUGUCUACGCGCCAGAGGCUCUUCCCGGCACUCCAGUUCUAAGGACAGGUGAUGCUGUGGUUGGUAUCGAGUGUCACUACCCAAGGAAACAUGAUGUAAGCAGUGAUGCCCUGAGACCCACUUGGAUCCCUUAUGCUGCCACCAAGAUUGCAGAGGAACUCCUUGUUUUCUCCCUCCAACUCAUGACUGAUGACUGGCAGUUUGAGAGACCCUCCAACCAGUACUUCCUGGGUGACUUCAUCCACAUUCAAGCAUCUGUGAUGCAGUACAUGCAUGUGCCCCUGCGUGUGUUUGUGGACAGUUGCGUGGCUACCACAGCCCCAGAUGUGAACUCCAUUCCCAGUUAUGCCUUCAUUGAGAACCAUGGGUGUAUGGUCGACGCCAAGAUUACAGGCUCUGACUCCCGCUUCCUGCCCCGGGUCCAGGACGAUGAGCUCCAGUUUCAGUUGGAGGCUUUCAGGUUCCAGCAGGACAGCGGCUUGAUCUACAUCACAUGCUUCUUGAAGGCUACAGCAGCGUCAUCUCCUACUGAUGCAGAGCACAAGGCUUGUUCCUUCUCUCCCAACGGAUGGACCGCCGCGGAUCGGGAUGACCAGGUGUGUGGCUGCUGUGACUCUGGCUGUGGCUUCAGGAAGGGAAGAGAUCUAAACGCAGAUACUGCUCUCAAAUGGGAGGGUGAAGCUUCCCUCAGUCUCAUUGUCAAGGAGAAUCCAUUGGAUGGUUGAAGUGUUCUAAAUAAAGUAUAAGAAC